AUGGCUGCGCUGACACAAUCGACUAACGAACCGGUUCCCAUCUCCAAUCCCUUGUCCGGAACGCCCAGCUCCCUCAUCUCAAGCCCACCGGACUCCAUCGCCUUUCUGCGACAAUCGAAGCAGGAUUCGAGCCUAUCCUCAAUCGCCAGUGCCGGACUACACGUCUCGCGAUCGAGAGAAUCCCUACCCCCAAUGGCCACCACGGCGCCUGCCACCGGUCCCAUGGACCGACCACACGAAUCUGACAAGGACUCGGAGCAGAUCAGCUCGCAGGUAGCAAGAGAAGCUCUGGGUGCGAGUGAGAAGCAGCAAGGGGUCCCUAUCCACGACCCUAUGCACAUGUCGUCGGACCAGAUGCAGGUUGAUUCUCACCCCGCGGCAGUUAAUGUCUCCGACGCAUUUGGCGUCGGCGACACCAACGCAACCUUGAUGAAUACCUCGACCGUAGCCAGUCCGGGACCGAUUGAGGAUUCUGCCUCCCAGGAUGGCGAUCGACCACGUCAUCGCGAUGAGGAAGACCUACGGGAAAACAGCAAUAAAGCUUUCUCGUACCCAAUGCCUACAGGGGCACUUGGUGAUCCGCGGCGCGGACUAAGUCUACCCAAUUCUGGCUUCCACAAGAGCGGCCAGCGAUCGCCGUCGGCCAAAAAACACCGUUGUCCCUAUUGUGCGACGGAGUUUACAAGACACCACAAUCUCAAGAGUCAUCUUCUCACUCAUAGCCAGGAAAAGCCGUACGUAUGUCAAACUUGUCAGUCACGCUUUCGGAGACUUCAUGAUCUCAAGCGGCAUACGAAGCUUCACACAGGUGAGCGUCCACACAUCUGUUCCAAAUGUGGACGUCGCUUCGCCCGUGGAGAUGCUCUUGCUCGACACAACAAGGGCCAAGGAGGGUGCGCCGGCCGUCGAGCCAGCAUGGGAAGUUAUGCGCCAGAGGAUGAUUACGGCGAGGGUGCUGUGCCCACCGGUGCCGAAGAUACCAUGGAUGGUCUUGUCUUUGCCGAACCCGAGCGUAUGGACGAAGAGGAUGAGCGGCGGCUCAACAUGCCGAGUAUCAAAAAGCACGAUGCACCUGCAGAAUCUAUCCCACGCUCCAACACCACCAAUAGCUACCAGCCGCGCCAGCCGAGUACUUAUCCUCCGAUCGCCGCUGGCAGGCCCUCUCCCGGAGGACUUUUCCCUCCGCCCACCAGCCACGGCGGCUCCAGCGCCUCGACAUCUCCCAUCUCACAGACUGGAAAUAUGACAUUUCCGCCUUCGGGGCAGCCGUCCGGUGCCUCGGUCUUCCAGACAACGAACGUCACCGAGAGUCCCAAACCACUUUCACCACACAAUGCCCCCCUUCCUUCGCACCAGCUUGGACAUGGUCCAGACAGCCAUGUCCACUUGCAUCGAGCUCACUCCCCCGGCAUGACCCAGUCCUUCCAGCAACAACCUUUCGGUCGUGCAGGGCCUUCCCAGGGCUCUCUCACGGGUCACGGCGUGCCCGGCCUGGGCCUUCCUCCACCGCAACCUGGUGCUCCCCAGCUUCCUCCACCGCCUGGCAUGAGUGCCUCUGAUGGGCGGUUCUCUCUCCAUGCCCAAGGAUCAGUGCAGUCGGCCUCUUCAACUGCCCCGAAGCACAGUUCGUCACAUAGUCAUUCUAGCAACCACAGUGGACCCCUGUCUUCGAAGAUCGGACUUGAUGCCACCCCAGGCAAUGGCAAUCUUCUCCCAGGGCCGCCACAUGAUCCCAGUUUUGCAGAGCAAACUAGGGAUCGGGAGGAUAAACUCUGGGCAUACAUCCGCUCGGUUCAUGAAGAAUUGACAGGGUUGAAGAGCGAAGUGACUGCGCUACGAGCACAGCUGGCCUCGUCAAAUGCAAACGGCUUAGCGUCACCCGUUCCGAACGCCACAUCAACUCAAGCUGAUACCAAUGCUGGUACUACUACUCAACGAUGA